AUGAAACAAAUAUAUAAUAUUUUAUCUUUUUUAUUAAUAUUUAACGUUCAUACAUUUUUAAAAAAUGUUGAAUGCAAUGGACAUAUAAAUGAGAAUGAUACAAAAAAUAUAAAAAAUGGAUUACCAGAUAAUAAUUUGGAGAUAGAAAAUGUACUUAAUAUCAGGGGUUCUACUUUUGAUAAGUUAAAAAAUGAUUUAGGAGAAUCAUCCAACGAAGAUAAAAAAGGUGAAAACAAAAUAUAUAAUGAAGGGUAUACGUUUCUUCAUGGUAAAGAAAUAAAUGAUAAUCAUGGUAUGGUUAUGAAUUUUAGUAAUAAAGAUGAAGAGAUUCCCUUUUCGGGAAGUUCAAGCGAAGAUGAAAAUAAAACUAAAUAUGAUCCAAAAGAUGUAUGUAACCCCGUGGGUUCUUUUUCUUAUUGUCCUCGAAAAGAUUUUGAUUUAUUAUAUGAUUGGAACCGUGGAUAUGUAAAAAAUGCAUUAACAGAUAACAUGGGAGUGCACGUACCACCCAGAAGAACAAAAUUAUGUCUUUUAAAUGUCAAAAAAGCUAAUAAAAGAAAAUGGAAUACAGAUAAAUUAAAAACUGAACUUCUCAAGGAUGCUUCAGGGGAAUCACAUUCUUUAUUUAAAUUUUUUGAAAAUAAACAUUACAAUUCAUUUUUAUAUAUAAAGUAUAGUUUUGCUGAUAUAGCAGAUAUAAUAAAAGGAAAAGAUAUGAUGGAUAAUAAUAUUUCGAACACUAUACAGCUUAUAUUUCAGAAAGAAAAGGAAACAGAUAAUAGCAUUAAUCCUGAAGAUUGGUGGAAAAAGCAUAGAGAUAAUAUAUGGGAAGUAAUGAUGUGCGGACAAAGUGGUACAAAAAAUGAAAAAUGUCCAGGACAUAAUGAUGUUGAUGAAAUACCACAAUUUUUUCGAUGGUUUAGUGAAUGGGGAAUAUCGUUUUGUAAGGAAUAUGAAACUGAAAUGCAUUAUGUAUCAUUAGUAUGUAUUUCUAAGAAAACUAAUAAUGAAGCAGAUUCACCUGAUCAAACUAAAUCAAAAAAUGAUACAUGUGUUGAAGCGUUAAAGAAUUAUGAAAAUUGGUUUAAUAUAAGAAGACCUCAAUGGAUUGAUCAAAUCAAAAAAUAUAAUAAGGAUCAAAGUAAAUAUGAAUAUGCAAAAGAUUUAUCACCUGAAGAUUUUUUAAAACGAAAAAGCCCUGAGUGUAUUUUCAAAAAUUUAAAAUUUACUGAUUUAUUUGAAAACAGUUUCGAUAAACAAAAGUUAUUAGAUAUGUUAAAAGAAACACCAUCCAAUGAUGAAUCUAGAUCUGACACGUCUGUGGAAACUCCACAAGCAGAUUCUCAAAAUGCUAGAAUUACUGAAGAACGACAACACGAUGAAGAAAACCCAGAGCAAAGUGCUACUACAGAACCAUUAUCUGUUCCUUCAGCCUCAGAUAAUUCCUCAACUGUACCUUCAAAAAAUGAUUCUCGGGUUCCUGUGACUAAUUACGAUCCUUAUGAAAGACUUUUGGGCUUGGAAUUUGGUAAUGUGAAAGGUCCUGGUAUAAAUCCUUAUAUUUCUUCUAAAGAAAGUGAUUCUUUGGAAUUAAUAAAUUUAACCUCAUGGGAUAAAGAGGAUAUAAUGAAACAAAAUGAGGAUGUAAAAGAUGAAAUAGAAGA